AUGAAGUCUUUGGUUUUCAAGGCAUUCGUAUGGUCAAAAACAUUUGUUUUCUAUGUAAUCACCGUGGUCUUUCUCUUCCUCGCACCGAUUAUAAUCCUUUGUAACCUGAAAUAUAUUUGGAUAGAUUUCAAAUAUAUUCCUGUCAAUAUGGGUCCCUGUUUCCCUGAAAUAAGUCAGUCACUUGUUUGGAUUUAUACUGCUGAUGAUCAACAUCAGAUUAGCUCCAACUUCUGGUCCGGAAUGGACUUAAAUUGGAAUACUUUUAGAAAUGAAUUUAUUAGUAUUGAAGAUAACCACUUCCUAUCUGGAUCAUUAACCUACUUCAGCCAUGAAGAUCCUGUCCCGUGGCCAUCAAAACAUGUCGGGAAACUAAAUUAUAAGGCAAUUGAAAUUUCGAUCGAUAUAUUUAAUGUUACCAGUCUCAAGAUAAUGGGGAAGCGUCUUUUUAUCCCGAUAACUUGUGGUUUGCGACAAAACAAUAAUGAGUUCUCACUGAACGUGACUGGAUUAAUAUGGAGUGAAUUCAUUUCCCAAACAUCAAUAACUGAUCUGUUUAUUCAAAGUGAACUGACUAUAAAGCAAACACAAUCGAUUAAAUUGCACGGAAUGGAUCCAAUAGAAAAGGAGUACUACAUGGUAAGUGAGUGA